GUGGUAGCCCAAAAAUGGUUGCUCAUCCGUAAACGGGCAACUGCAUUUGAAAGUCAAAUCCAAUCGGGGGGUGCUAUAAAAGCCACUUGGAUGGCUUACGAGUGGACAGUGACCAGUGAUCGAGUGGCCCGGGCAGUUAUUCCAGUUUAAAGCCUCAUCAUGAAUAUCGUACUAGCCACCAUCUUGGGCUACUUGCUGCUGGGACUGAUGCUGUCCAGUGCCAGCAUAGCAACUGCCACAACUGGAGUGAUUCCGGCGGUUCCUGCUGCUGUUCCCGGCGUGGUUCCCUUGGCCACCAGUCAUCAGUUUGUAACACGGAACUGGAUUCGCCCUCAUGUGACCACAACCCCGGUGGUGGCCACCUAUCCGAACACCUACUAUAAGUACAGCGGUGGCUAUCCCGCUUAUCCCUCAUAUCCCGCCUACAAUUAUCCAUAUGCCACGACCUAUCAGUACACCUAUCCCUACUACUAUCCCACAUAUAACUAUGGAUAUGGCUACAAGGGUGUUUGGUGAUUUUUGGAUCCAGAUAAGGGUUUUAUAUUCACAACCCACCUUUAAUCUAUUGUGAUAAAAAUCCAUACCGAAUGAAAUUAAUUGUAUAUGCC